UGCCUAAGACAGAAAAGCCAGCUAUUAAGAAAAUUACAGAGGGUUAAAGAGCUUGAGGGUAUCCCACAGGAAGAAAUUCCCAACUGCUUCAUCCUGGGUCUCAAAAGUGUUUUUGAAUUUGCAUGGUGACAGCAAUACCAAUCCAAAGCCAAGGAAUCUGUGGCCUUGGGGAGAUUUUAAACAGAAGCCGUUAUUGGACGAUUAUUUUUUAAAUCUCUUGCCGGCCCCCGCCUUCUACACUUUAGUAGACACAAAAUGGGUUAACUUAGUGCAUGAAAAUGAGGAAGGAACAUUGAAAAAAAAUACAAUUGUGUUCCGCUUGUAAAGACACUUCACUAUUCUUAAAUGUACAAGUGAAGAUUUCAUUCAGCAUAGAAACCACCACCAAGUAUUCCUUCAACACAAAGGAGAAUUUCUUGUUAUCAUAACUCUUUUUCCAGCUUCUCUUUUAAACAAUGAACUGGAGUAACAUCAACAUCACCAAUGGAACAUCUCUUUCUGGACAAUGCCACAGAGACACCAGAAUUGUACAUAUUGUAUUCCCAAUCCUAUACACUGUUAUUUUCCUCACUGGAGUUAUAUUGAACAGUUUGGCUAUUAAGGCUUUUUUCCACAUUCCAAGUUCUUCGACUUUCAUCGUCUACCUCAAAAACACAUUGGUUUCUGAUUUUAUUAUGACUCUUAUGCUUCCUUUGAAAAUUCUUACUGAUUCAGGACUGGGACCAUGGCAACUUAAAGCUUUUGUUUGUCGCUUUUCAGCUGUGAUAUUUUAUGAAACCAUGUAUGUUAGCAUAGUACUACUUGGACUUACUGCUUUUGACCGAUUUCUCAAGAUUGUGCGACCUUUUGGGAAGUUUUGGGUGCAAAAUAUCACUGCCGCACAAAUUCUUUCAGGUCUCGUUUGGCUUUUCUUCUUCGUCCUUUCCUUGCCAAAUAUGAUUUUAUCAAACAAUGAAGCCACACCUAUGUCUGUGAAGAAAUGUGCUUCUCUGAAGAAUCACUUAGGACUGAAAUGGCAUGCAGCUGUCAAUUAUAUAUGUCAGUUUAUCUUCUGGACUGUGCUAAUUCUAAUGAUUAUAUUUUAUGCAAUUAUUACCAAAAAGGUUUAUAAGUCUUAUAUAAAAACUCAAAAGAAAGAUAGAAAAAACAAGCAGAGAACUAGUGGGAAAGUAUUCAUCAUUGUAGUGGUCUUUUUUAUAUGCUUUGCUCCGUAUCAUUUUUCUAGAGUACCAUACACACUAACUCAAACUAGCAAUAAAAUGGACUGCAAGGUACAGAACCUUUUAUUCAUUGCUAAAGAAAGUACUCUUUGGAUAGCUACUACAAAUAUUUGCAUGGAUCCUUUGAUAUAUAUAAUUUUGUGCAGAUCAUUUGUAGAAAAAGCAUUCUGUGUUAAAAUGAAAAAAUUUAGCAAUACAAUUCGGGAAAAUCAAACAAUCCUUUUGGACACCAGGAUAUCUGUAUAGCUUCUUGAUUUGGUAUAACUUUAUAGCUUUCUGUAAUUUGCACUAAAAUAUUUGCAGAGAAAUUAAAAUUUACUUUGUGUCGAGGUGUUUUGUUCUAGAACUAAACUUAAAGUACUGUUCUUCUCUGAAAUGUGACUUUUUAAAAAUGGCAUAGUCUUUUCACAUUUGUGCAGUUAUAUUGUCAAAAGGUACUCACUUAAACAAAUAAAAUGGUGUUUCUCUAACUGCCAGGCCCAAAAACUCAGCUUGGAGUCCAAGAAAGAAAUUGGGUUCUUUUAACCUGAUGAAUCAUCAUCACUAAAAAAAGUUCUGCCAGCCAAAAUUUCCUCAAGGCACCUGUGCAGUCACAAUGUCUUAACAGUGUAUCUCAAGUGAUAAUUGUGAAACCUCACUGCCUUCAGUGAGAUUGCACAGGUGUUAGGACAUAUAGAAAAGUCAUGUAAAUGAUAAUACAAUUAGAAUAGAUGUUCACAUUCUCACACUGCUAUAACAAAAAACAUAUAUGGUUGUGACAAUUUUCUUCCACUAUUUGAUCUGAGGAAGUGGGUCUGGCCCACGAAAGCUCAUCACCUAAUAAACCAUCUUGUUAGUCUUUAAAGUGCUACAUAGUCCUGUUUUUUGUUUCAGCUACACCAGACUAAAACGGCUACAUUUCUAUCACACUGCUAUGUUAGCUUUAAGUAGCUAACAGGAAUAGAAAGCACUAAGAUUUGUUUGGUUGUGGGGGUUUUUUGGUUUUAUUUUUGGUUGGUUGGGUUUUUGCACCUCUAAUUCAAGUAAAUAAAGACAAUAUAGUGAUUGGAGAUGGUGAAUAAGAGCAUGGACUAAAAAUACUUUGCCUAACUUGGGUAACAAGAUGCAUAUGGCAGAGUAGACAAAUAUUUAACUUCUCUCUAUUGCACCUGAGAAACUAGGUACACUUUAGCAUAGAGUUCAGUGGCAUCUAAGAGAAACUGCAGAUUUUUGCAUAUUGAAUCGGGAGGCUCCUAUUAAAUGUUAAGGUUUUGUUGCUCUUAAAUGGCACUGCUGGUUGUUGCUUACUAUAUAUGGAACCACAUGGUAGCAGAGAGGAAGAAGAAUUUU